ACAUUAUCCUUUUUUACGUUAAUUUUUUCAUCCAAAAACUGAGAGCCAAAAAUUUACGUUACUAUGCAUUUUUCCUCUGCAUUCAUAAGAAAAAAACUGUUUAAUUUGACCACCCAUCCAGCUAUUGUGUCACGAAUAAUCUACGGGCAUGACCACAGCACUCGUUUAAUCGCAACGAAAUCUGGCAACCAGCCAUUGAGCAUUGGGUCGGUGUCUAAUAACGAACGUUACAAGAGGGUUGAUUCCCUAAUUGAAUCGUUAAAAUCUGGAAUUGUUGUAGUUGGAUUGAGUUUAGGACUUUGUUAUUUUAAUUAUAAAUCUUUGACAAACUCACAUUUUGUGUAUGCGUACUUGGAAUCUGAUAAGUCUACAGAGUCUGAGAAGAAGCCGACGUAUAUACUUCCAGAUACGUAUAGAAGAAAAGUUUUCUUCAAGUACGAAAAGAGGAUAAGAACUCAAAGUCCACCGGAGAAGGUGUUUGAGUAUUUUGCAUCUUACCGAUCUCCUGAGGGUGAGCCAUAUAUGACUCCUGCCGAUUUAAUGAGAGCCGUGGUGCCAGUGUUUCCUCCUUCUGAAGCUUCUCGUGUUCGAGAGGGCAGCUUGAAAGGAGAGUUGGGGCCUAGUGAGUUACAUUGUCCUCCUUCAGAAUUCUUCAUGCUUUUCGAUACUAAUAACGAUGGGCUUAUUUCUUUUGCCGAAUAUAUAUUUUUUGUUACGCUCCUAAGUAUUCCCGAAUCAAGCUUCUGCGUAGCUUUUAAGAUGUUUGAUCUAGAUAAUGAUGGAGAAAUCGACAAGGAGGAAUUCAAGAAAGUAAUGGAAUUGAUGCGAGCUCAACAUAGACAAGGAGUACGACAUAGGGAUGGGCUGCGUAACGGGCUAAAAGUUUCAAGGACUGUCGAGAACGGUGGCCUUCUUGAGUAUUUCUUUGGUAAAGAUGGAAAAUCACGCCUAGCUUAUGGGAAAUUCGUUCAGUUCUUGAAAGAUUUGCAUAAUGAGAUUUUGUCUCUUGAAUUUGCUCAUUACGACUACAAGUCAAAAGGGACGAUAUCUGCAAAAGACUUUGCAUUAUCAAUGGUAGCAUCUGCUGAUAUGGGACAUAUUAACAAGUUUCUUGACCGAGUUGAAGAACUAAAUGAUGAACCAAGUCUCAAGAGCAUCCGCAUAACAUUAGAUGAUUUCAUGAAGUUUGCAGAGUUAAGAACGCAACUCAGACCUCUAUCUCUUGCCAUCUUUAGUUACGGAAAAGUGAACGGGCUCCUUACAAAGAAGGAUUUCCAAAGAGCAACCGAGCAGGUUUGCGGAAUUGCUUUAAAUGACAAUGUGAUUGAUAUAAUAUAUUACUUAUUUGAUGUGAAUCGGGAUGGAAGGUUAAGCUCAGAUGAGUUUUUAAGAGUCUUGCAGAGGCGAGAGGAGGAUAAACUACAGCCAAGGGAGGCAGGGCUUGUUGGCUUAAUCUCAUGCUGGUUGCAAUGCUCGAGAAGCAAUUGUUCUACGUCAAGGAUUCUUUUUUAGUUCUCUUCAGAAAUGAAAUGUAUAGCACGAACAUGAUCAACUCUAUGUACAUAAAGUGAUAUUUAGAUAAAACUUUGUUAACCUUGCUUCAGUCACAA